AUGGACCAUGAAACUAAUGCUAAAUAUGGUGUCCUGGAGCGCCCACUACUCGAUGCAAGUGCAGAGCCGACUAAUGUGCCUUUAUCACUUUUGAAAGACAUCACAAAUGGUUUCUCUCAUGAUCGGAAAAUCGGCAGUGGUGGGUUUGCGGUGCUUUAUAUGGGAAUACUCGGGAAUGUGACGGUCGCCGUGAAAAGGCUGUUCGAAAGGUUUGAUAUUGAAGAGAAACAGUUCAACGAAGAGGUUAUUUGUCUGAUGAAGGCAAAACACAAGAAUGUAGUGCGAUUUCUAGGAUAUUGUUUUGACAGGCAAGGGAUAAUGGCAAACUUCGAGGGAAAGCCUGUCAUGGCAGAUGUUCAAGAAAGGUUGCUUUGCUUCGAGUAUCUACCCAGAGGGAGUCUUGAUAAAUAUAUCAGUGGAGCAUCUUCUGUACUCAAAUGGACAGAGCGAUAUCAGAUCAUCAAAGAAAUAUGUGAAGGUUUACAAUAUCUUCAUGUGCAGCGGCGUAUUGUCCACUUAGAUCUUAAGCCAACAAAUAUUUUGUUGGAUGAUAAUAUGGUUCCAAAAAUCGCCGAUUUUGGUUUGUCAAGGCGGUUCAGUGAAAAGCAAAGCCAGACCUUUACUGCAAAAGUGAGGGGAACUAUUGGAUAUAUAGCACCAGAGGUUCUCAAUAAUGGACAAAUUACAUUCAAGUCCGAUAUAUACAGUCUUGGCAUUAUAAUCAUGGAGAUAUUGACGGGGCAGAAGGGAUAUUGUGAUGUUGAGAAUGUUCUCAAUAUGUGGAGGAAUCUGUCACAGAAAUCACAGGGGGACAUACAUUUGGAACAAGUAAGACCAUGCAUGGAGAUAGCGAUAGAGUGCACUGAUUUUAACCCAGCAAAGAGACCAUCUACAGAAUGUAUACUCGAUAGGCUUAAUGAAACAGAAAGUAAGGGCAGGUCCAUCGAAACUAGUGGGAGCACUUCAUCAGCGGUGCAGGCAGAAGACGACUCCAGUGAGAAGAAUAAAUGGACACCCAAGGUUCCAGGAGAGACAAGUGAUGAGUUAUUGGUAGGAUUGUUCAAUGGAGGUGGGCACAAUUUUGAUGAAACGCUAUGA